UACAAAACAGCAACACAUCUACAACCUCAGGAGGCUCGCAGUCUGUUUCCGUGUAUUGACAGCCCUGAGGCGAAGGCACGUUUUGACGCUACUGUGAUCCAUCCUGAAGGCACCUACGCGCUGUUCAAUAUGAAAGAGACGAACGUCACGACCAGCAAUGGAUGGACGACGACGAAAUUCCUCCGUUCACCAAUAAUGUCGACAUAUCUGUUCUCCAUGAUUGUCGGCACGAUGCCUUACCAGGAGACUUACACGGAAAAGGGAGUACGGGUUCGCAUUUAUGCCGAAGAAGGGAAAUUGAACGACACUAGCAUGGCUUUAGACCUCGUCCCAAGACUGCUGGCGUUUUUCGAAGAUUAUUUCCAGUUACCGUACCCACUGAUGAAAUUGGGU